GUCGGUUCCAUUGUUUUCGAAACCCAACCUGAGGCAUCGGUGCCCGACCACGCCCUCCCAAGGCCCUCGUAAUCGCGACUUGCGUACGGCACACCUGCUACAAACACUCUCCAUCACGUCAGCUCCCCGAAAAGCGGCUCGAACUCAGCAAUGGCAACUAGAACUUCCAACGGUGCGUCUGGAGCGCAGGGCGCGCAGACUGCGGCGCAAGUGCAGCCUUGCAGAUACAAGACCGGGAAGACAUUGGGCGCAGGCAGCUACUCUGUAGUCAAGGAGUGCGUGCAUAUCGAUACGGGAAGAUACUAUGCAGCCAAAGUCAUCAACAAGCGGCUCAUGGCAGGCCGAGAGCACAUGGUCAGGAACGAAAUCGCCGUCCUGAAAAGAGUAUCCAUGGGCCAUAGGAACAUCCUGACGCUUGUUGACUACUUCGAGACAAUGAAUAACCUAUAUCUCGUUACCGACCUUGCGCUUGGAGGCGAGCUGUUCGACCGCAUCUGCCGCAAGGGCAACUACUACGAAUCCGAUGCUGGCGAUCUGAUCCGUGCGACUCUUUCUGCUGUCGCAUACCUUCACGAUCACGGCAUCGUACAUCGAGACUUGAAACCCGAGAACCUACUGUUCCGAACUCCAGAAGACAAUGCUGAUUUGUUGAUUGCCGACUUCGGACUGUCUCGCAUUAUGGAUGAAGAGCAAUUCCAUGUCCUGACGACAACCUGCGGAACACCAGGAUAUAUGGCACCUGAAAUUUUCAGAAAGACUGGGCAUGGAAAACCAGUUGACAUCUGGGCGAUUGGAGUUAUUACUUACUUUCUCCUUUGCGGUUACACUCCGUUCGACCGCGACUCCAACCUCGAAGAGAUGCAGGCCAUCUUAGUCGCAGACUACUCCUUCACACCUUUGGAAUACUGGAGAGGUGUCUCCCUCACUGCCCGCGAGUUCAUCCGCCGAUGCUUGACCGUCGACCCCGCCGCGCGCAUGACGGCUCAUGAAGCGCUCUCGCAUCCUUGGAUCACGGAACUUGGCAAGAACAACGCUGAUGGAGAGGAGGAUCUACUGCCUACUGUCAAGAAGAACUUUAACGCGCGCCGCACACUGCACGCAGCUAUCGAUACGAUUCGCGCAAUCAACCAGCUGAGAGCAGGUGGCGCCGCUGGCAUGAUGGACGGCCAGCGAUCCGCUGAACCCCGGAGAGGAGCCCCUCAUGCCAAUAUUCCUCAACCAGCGGAGGAGCCUGAUGACCCCAUGGAGAUUGACAGCAGAGGAAACGGCCACGGCCAGACUGAAGAGAUGAUACAGGAGCAAGAGCGGAGGAUUAGGGAGACUCAGCAAGGCCUAUGGGGUAAGCGAUGAUGAGCGUCAUCUACAAUCUCAACGUCAAUUCCUUUCUCAGCACACGUUUUAGAGUGAAAGCCUUUGCCUGUCAGCGGAAUUUCUUUUUGAUCACAUUUCAUGUCUACAUUAGCGAAGGCUGGCAUCGAAGCCCUUCUCCCUGCGAAUUGGGUUUGAGCAAC